AUGCAACCUUCAACCGACGGUAAACGAACCCAAGUGCAAGUAUCAAAAACUAAAGUGUGGCAAACACUGCGUGAAGAGGGGCUGUAUCCGUUUCACGUACAACGUGUACAAGCCCUUCAACCUGACGAUUUUCCAGCAAGAGUGCGGUUUUGUGAGUGGUUGUUGCAUCAACAUGACAAUAAUCCGGACUUUUUGAAAUACAUAUUGGUGACAGACGAAUCUACGUUCACGCGUAAUGGGGUGAAUAACUUUCGCAACACUCAUGUUUGGUCAGUAGAAAAUCCGCACGCUGUCCGUCGGGCACAUUUUCAACAAACAUUUUCGGUGAAUGUUUGGGCUGGCAUGGUGAACGGUAUGCUCAUUGGACCAUUUAUUCUCCCAAAUCGAUUGGACGGGAUGCAAUACCUAGACUUUUUACGCAACAUUUUGCCUUCCUUGUUAGAAGAUGUGCCAUUAAGUUGGUGCAGACAACGUAUUGUCUUUAGUGACGAGUCUCGAUAUUAUUUAGGCAUGCACGAUGGUCGUGCCAGGGUUAGAAGGCGACGUGGUGAAAGGAGGAAUCCACAGUUUUUUGUUGUAAGACAUGUUUAUCACACUGGUGGAGUUAUGGUUUGGGGUGUUAUAGCUUAUGGUUCCAGACCCCAUCUUUUACCCUAUCUUGACACCCUGGCAGAUCCAACUUUCCAACAAGAUAAUGCCCGACCACAUGUUGCAAGAGUCACAAUAGACUUCUUUCAACAUAAUGAUGUCACAUUGUUACCAUGGCCACCAAGAUCUCCCGACUUAUUCCCAAUUGAGCACGUGUGGGAUAUGAUGGGUAGGAGAUUGCUCAAUUUGCAACGUCCUCCUCAGACUCUAGAAGCACUUCGAGAGGAAUUGGUGGUUGCCUGGAAUAAGAUACCACAGGAGGACAUUUACCACCUGAUCAGAAGCAUGCCUAGGCGCGUUGGAGAAUGCGUAGCACAUCAGGGUGCAUCCACACAUUAUUAA